AUGGCGCAGCGAAAGACACGAACCUCUGUCAAGGCCAAGGCUGAGGAAGCAGCAGCAAUCAACGACGGGUUGACAGAGCGGAUGCAGCGAGGAACUCAAGAAGAAGGAAGCCUGCUGCAGUCUAUCGUCCAAUCCCUCAGCCAGCAGCAGCAGAUUCUGCUUAGGCUCACAAUGGCGCAGUCAAGCCAGCCUGCCGGCAGCGGCCCGCCACCAUCCACCUCAAGACGGCCAGAGGUAGGGCCGUGGGCCCGGAGAGCGGAAAUACCCCACCUGCCCAGUCCAGACUCGAUAGACCUAGCUGGUUUCCUCGAGUGGAAAGUCAAGUGGUCUGACUACGUGUCGUUGACUGGGCUAUGCAGAGACGCAGGUACAGUUACACAGCAAGCAGUUCUCCGUACAGCUCUCAAUGAUGGUUGGGUGCGGCUGUGGCAGGCGGGCGUAGUUCCCAUAGCCGACGGCGAUGAUGAGCGGGUUGCCAUCCAGAAGCUGGAAGCUUUCCUGAGAAAGCGAAGAAACCCGUUGCUGGACCGCAAGGCCUUCCAUGGCAGGAGCCAGAGACAAGGUGAGAGUAUCAGCCAGUACUUCUCGGGUCUCUCUCAACUGCAUGAUGCGUGCAGCUACCCAGAUAGUCUGCAGUGCGGCAGAUGUGGGUCACUGUGCGGCCAUGAGGCCCAACUUCGGGAAACCCGGCUCCGCGACAGGCUCGUCUGUGGCCUAAGGGAUCGAGCGAUGCAACGACGGGUGCUCGAAGAAGAGUAUGCCAGUGAGUUAUCGCUCGAUCGGGUCAUGCAGAUAUGCUCUGCAUACGAAUCCUCUACCGAUACGGAAUCUGGCCUCGGUGAGCAGCUGCCCGACCUGGCGUUGGCGGCGGCAACGAAGUCCACUUACAAGCGUCAGCAGGCGCAGGCAAAGACGCUGAAGUCGGACGUAGGCACGUGCAGGUUUUGUGGGGAGACUCACCCCAAGGGCCAAUGCAAGGCCUAUAACCAGACAUGCCGCUUGUGCCUCAAGGUGGGUCACUUUGCUAGGGUUUGUCGACAGCGGACCUCGCCCUCACCAGGAACGACGUCUGUCGACUCGCUGUUUGUCAACCAAGCUGGUCCUUCUAGGAACAAGCUGGUGACGGUUGGCGUCGCGAUCCAGGGAGGAUCGUCAUGCGCUAUCGGGUGGCUGCCGGACACGGGCGCGGAUGUGGACGCCAUCAGUCUUACCGACCUGGAUGGCAUCGACCCAAGCCUCAGGAUGAAUCUAGUGCCGGACACAGCUGAUGUCAAGGCAGCUAACGGUACAGCUUUGGAUUCCAUGGGCAAGCUCGAGGCUCAGUUGUCUUUGAGCGACACUACCGCCGUGUCGACCCUGCACGUAUUCCGGCAGCUGAAGACACCUCUGCUCAGCAAGGACACGUGCAUGAAGUUGCGGCUUCUCGAGGAUGGAUGGCCUCACUCCCGUCUAAGGGUACAAAGCGUGGCAAACAUCUCCAUCCCUCGGAAGCAAGCAUCCGAAGUCGCAGACACGUCAGUAGGUACUGCGUCGACGGCGGCUGAGGAAAUCCGACGUACCUUGCUGGAAGAGUUUCCAGAAGUGUUCUGUGAUACCCCGCUCAAGCCCAUGAGCGGUGAGCCGAUGCGCAUCGAGCUCAUCAAUGGCGCGUCGCCAUGCCGCCUGUAUCGCGCUCGCUCCAUCCCAUUCAGGUGGCGGGACGCUGUGCAGAACCAGCUGUCCGACAUGGUGGGCAAGGGCGUCAUUGAGAAGGUGCCUAUCGGCGAAGCAUACACUUGGUGCCACCCACUGGUGGUGGUCCCUAAGAAGAAUUCCAGUGAGCCGCGCAUCACGGUGGACCUGACGGGUCUAAAUAAAUGGGUCAAGAGGCCGGCAUACCCAACCCGAGUACCUCAGGAAGUCGUCGCGUCGAUCCCAAUGGGGAUGCAGUACUUCACCACCCUAGAUUCUCGCCAUGGCUACUGGCAGGUACCCCUCGACGACGAUAGCACCAGGCUCACAACGUUCAUGACGCCAUGGGGUGCCUACCGUUUCAAGCGGAACGUCAUGGGCUUGGUGUCGGCAGGUGACGAACACAACCGGAGAGGAGACGAAGUGUUCGCCGGGUUUUCGAAUCUUCAGAAAGUGGUAGAGGAUGUCAUCGUGUACGACACUGAGCUUGAGGCGCACACCCAGAGGGUUCGCAAUGUGCUCAAGCUUUGCUCGGAGAACCAAAUCACACUGAACCGCCGCAAAUUCGUCUUUGCGGCACCCAGAGCAUCGUACUGCGGAUUCGUGGUGACGCCGGACGGCUACAGUCCUGAUCGAAGCUUGGUGGAGGAUCUACACAACUUUCCAAUCCCUACCAACCGCACUGACAUCCGAUCCUUCUGUGGACUCGUGCAGCAGUUCGACGCGUUCACGCCGCGACUAGCGGAGCUUCUAUCCCCGAUCCGCUCUCUGCUCUCUCCAAAGAAUGAGUUUAUCUGGGAGGAUCAGCAGCAGCAGGCAUUUACAGCUAUACUAGAGGAGCUGGUAAGCCCUCGAGUGUUGGCUACCUUCGACCCUGCACAGCCGCUUCGUCUCGAGACAGACGCCUCGCAGUCAAACGGUCUCGGCAUGGCACUGUGGCAGCAGCAAGUGAACGGGCGGUGGCGUCUAGUGCAAUGUGCUUCACGGCACGUCACUGAGACCGAGGCCAGGUACUCUGCAACGGAGAUUGAACUGCUGGCGGUAGUCUGGGCAGUCCACAAGGCUAGACUGUUCCUGGCCGGUGCUGAUUUCGAGCUGCUAGUCGAUCACAAGCCGCUCAUUCCUAUCCUGAAUGCUAAGACGCUGGAUGAGUUGACGUCUCCACGAAUCGUGCGACUACGGGAGAAGCUGACGCCUUUUCGGUUCGUGGCUCAGUGGAGACCGGGUGCCGAUCACAAGGUCGCAGAUUGCCUGUCGAGACACCCAGUAAGUGCACCAGACCCUGACGAUGAAGCUGGUGAGGAAGAAAUCGAGCACUGCUACUGCGUUCUCCGUCAGCUGUCGCAAGAGGACGAGGAAACAGGCCAUACAGUCCUCCCCGACCUUGGCAUUACGAAGGUGCGGGCGGAGGGCUCGACGGACCCGGAAUACCUCAAGCUGCUGAACGCCGAACGGCUUUCCGGUGGACAAGGCUGCUCUGGACCUCGAUCUGCACCCGUACUGGCAGGUUCGGCAUGA